GCGGCCGUGCGCAGGGCGGGCUCCAGCCGUGGCGCCGCGCCCCAGAUGUGGCGCGGAGCUGCCCACCUUCGCAUCCUCCCGGCUGCGCCCCCGGCCCUGCGGGCAGAGCCCCGCGCAGGGCACAGCCCCGGGCAGGGCACGGAGCCGAAAAGCUCUGUGAAUCCAGAAAGCCACCAUGAAGGUUGAGGAGGUUCGGCAGAGGAGAAAAGAGGGCAGGUCUAGAAAUGGAGAGCGACCCAGGCAUAAAGGAAAGAGCAAGGGUAAACACAGAGAGAGUCGACUUGGCCAUCAGGGGACAGAGGAUGUCUCUCUGCACGCACAGCAGAAGCUGCUGGCUGAGGAGAAGGUGGCCAUGGCAAAGUCACAGGACGAAUCAGCCCUCUCAAUUUGCCUGCAGGUGCUCCUGCCAUACCUCCUAGCUGGGCUUGGCAUGGUCAUGGCAGGCAUGGUUUUGGAUCAUGUUCAGCACUGGGAUGUGUUUCGGACAAUUACAGAAGUUUUUAUCCUGGUUCCUGCUUUGGUUGGCCUGAAGGGUAAUCUUGAGAUGACACUGGCAUCCAGGCUUUCAACUGCUGCUAACACUGGACAGAUGGAUGAUGCCCAGAAGCAAUGGAAAAUGGCCACCUGCAAUUUAGCCCUUAUCCAGGUCCAGGCCACUGUGGUGGGACUUCUGGCUGCUGUUGCUGCUGUGAUCCUAGGUGCCAUCUCUAAGGGCUCUGUGGAGCUGAGCCAGGCUGCUGUGCUGUGUGCUAGCAGCGUGACCACAGCCUUUAUAGCUGCGCUUUCUCUCGGUCUGGUGAUGAUUGGAGUGAUCAUCGGAGCAAGGAAAGUUGGGAUCAAUCCAGACAAUGUGGCCACACCCAUAGCAGCAAGCCUUGGAGACUUGAUAACCCUUUCUUUGCUGGCAGGAAUCAGCAGUACACUCUUCAAAUACAGAGAUAUUAAAUACCUUUCUCCUCUGAUCUGUGCUGUCUUCAUUGUCAUGAUCCCUCUCUGGGUUGCUAUUGCCAAGCAAAGUCCUUCCCUUGCUGAAGUCCUGAAAUCUGGAUGGCAGCCGGUCAUUGUUGCAAUGAGCAUCAGCAGCAUUGGUGGGCUCAUCUUGGACAAAACUGUAACUGACCCAAACUUUGAAGGCAUGGCUGUUUUCACACCUGUGAUUAAUGGUGUUGGAGGGAACCUGGUUGCCAUCCAGGCCAGCCGUAUUUCCACAUUCCUGCACUUCUGGAGCAUGCCUGGAGUUUUGCCAUACAAGAUGAAGCAGAAUUGGCCUAACCCAUGCACCACAUUCUUCUCAUCAGAAGUGAAUUCCAAGUCAGCAAGAGUCCUGUUCCUCCUGGUUAUCCCGGGGCACCUCGUGUUCCUCUACACCAUCCAUCUGCUGCAGGGAGGUCACACCUCUCUAUCCUUCACCUUUGUGAUGUUCUACCUGACUGCUGCUUUGCUGCAGGUGGGAAUCCUGCUCUACGUGGCUGACCUCCUCGUGCGCCUGAUGUGGAGAAAGGCUCUGGAUCCAGAUAAUUUCUCCAUCCCCUACCUCACUGCCCUGGGGGAUCUCCUGGGCACUGGAUUCCUGGCUGUCUGUUUCCGCCUGGUUUGGUUCAUCCAUGGUACAGACAUGAACCUGGGGAACUGAGAGACCAUGUGCUGUUCCACAUCACCUGUUUGACACGGUGCUUUCCUCUAGGAUAACGGGGUACUCGGUGAUGAACGCUGGGUCACCCAGCUGGAUGGGCCUCCCCUGCCACCUCUCCCCAAGGCCCCAUCUCUCCUCCCCAUCGUGCCUUACAGCUGGGCUCGCUUGCCCAUAGGAUCAGCACCCACAGACUGGUGCCCUGACAAGUGCACAGGCCGGUUUGCAGCAGCAGCAGCUGCUGACCCCUGUGCCCAGCACACACAACACUGGGGAGCAUUUGGGCCAUUUGUAACGAAUGAGCAUUUUGAUGGGUUUCAGCCCCUAGCACGUCACAGCCCACAGACCCUCUCCAAAGCCUGCCAAGGUCACUGCAUCUGAUCUUCCAAGUGGAUGUCACAACCUCUGUCAGACUCUGACUUCCCAUCAAGGGAAAUUCUUUAUUCACCCCCCUUUCCUCUCCCAUAGCAUCCUUGGAGUUGGAGAGCAACCAAGUCUUUUAAGUUGUCUCCUCUCCAUUGCUCAGAUGCUCAGGAUCUGGUUCAGUGAGGUCCCUGCUGGCUCAGACGUAGCAGGAGGUUAUCUGGGGACACGACCCUGCCCUGGCAGUGUCACUGUGGCCUGACCAACACUCGGGAUCGAUUGCGGUCGGGGGGGGGCAGGGAGGUUUGUUUUUACAGUGUAGCUGAAAUGUUUAUAGAAACACACAAGCAACAGUGAUUAAAGAACAGGAACGCUGUGGG